ACAGCUCAGGAAAGCUGGAGAACUCGCCAUGUAGGGGGGACAAAAAACCCCAGGGCUCCUUUCACAUCGGAUAAAGAGGUUUACCAUGACUUGAGACCCUGUUCCAGCACUCCUCCUCUUUCUGUAUUCUGUGUUUUAUUUAUUUUCCUUUUUGAGGACUAUCUUGCAAGGAUUGAAGAACAGAGUUCAGCGUUCAUGGAUAUCAAAUCCUGGAUUUUCUGGCAUUUUUUUAUUGGGUGAGCUAUAAUACAUGAGUUCCCAGCACUACUACAAUCUCUGACACUGCUUUGGACCUAAACCAGAAGUGACAUCCCUGGUCACCUCUAUCACUUCCUAAACCUUGUUGUUUUUGGAGAGGAACUGUAUUUUUAGUCAACCACCACAAUAAGGUUUUGUUUGCUUAUUCUCAAACACUAUCCUCGGCCGGGCCGUUACCUCUGCUCUCUGUGCUUUGUUUGUCACUGAAUAUUUUCGUAGCAUUUAUAGGAUUAUUAUAACCUUAGUGUGUGUUUAUUUUUAGUCAUUUGUAAGUUCCAUGUUCUCUGACCUUAAGACAAUGCAUUGUUAAUUGAAAUUGUGCUUCCUAUUUUAUUUAAACAAUUUGUGAGAGUGGAAAAUUGUUCAAUUUAGUAACUUAAGAAAUUUUGUUUAAUGAUUAUUUAUGUAGAAGCACACACAUUUCCGUUUAACCUUGACAAAGGGUAAGCCUUUUCUCAUAUUGUGAUAUUUUGCCAGUGCAGUCAGACAAAGAGAGAAAAGCAAAUAAUCUGGCUUCUUUGUGCAUCUUAAUUUUUAAAACAAAACUAUGAUUUUUGUUGAGAUACUAGCAAUACUAAACUGGAAAUCUCUUUUGUGUAUUGUGUUUUGAUCAGAUGAUCAUAAGAGGAUUUAGCAUUGUUUCCAAGCAAAAUGCACUGAUGGAAAAGAUUUAACACUAUCAGGGAUAAAAAAGCCUGCUGAUGUUUUUUUGUGUGUUUUGAAAAGACACCUGUUGAAGCACUGUCAUCAUUUGUAACUUGUUUAACCUUAAGUUUAUGCAAAAGCCCAUGAUUUGGGCUUAAAAAAGCCGACACAUUUUAUCUCAGAACAACUAGUGCUUCUGUCCAGAAAGUCAUCUCUGCAAAUCAGAAGAAGGACCUCUUCAUGAGGCAUUCAAGCUGUUUUGUCCAAAUAUACUUUCUGCAUCCCAGUGGCACUACCUUUUGAGCCCAGACAUUGAAAAUGCACUCCCCAGGCCCAGAGAGUCCAUCUAUGACUGAGGAGGCCCUGCUGCACGGACAGUUCGGCGGUUGGAGCAGCGGAGGGGGAAGUGGAAGUAACAGCAACAGCUGCCCCAACAGCCCUGGAGGUGUUUCUUUACCUUCCAGCCCAGCCUCCACCAACUACGCCCUGACCCUCACGCCAACCCACAUCCAUGUCCAGCGGUUGUCUCCACGUGCAGGGAAGCAGUCCAGGCUGAUCCUGCCGCUGGCGGAACUGACCGGAUGCAGCUGCCCGCGUUCGCCGGCCCCUCCUUUGCUGGUGCUUUACUGGUACCCUCCGGGUCGUCGCCGCAAAGGCGUCUCCAGACAUAGACAGGUGAGGGCGUACUUGGCGGAGAGCAGAGUUGAGGUGGAGAAAUGGAACGCUGCUGUACAGAGCCUGCUGAGGGGAAUGGAUGUCAGCUCCACCACAGAAUUUUGCAAAAGCAUGUUGCCCCGUCCCCGUCGACUGUUGCUGCUGGUCAAUCCAUUCAGUGGCCGGGGUCAGGCAAUGCAGUGGUGUCAAACGCACAUACUUCCAAUGAUAAGAGAAGCCAAUGUCAGCUACAACCUCAUACAGACAGAGCGUCAGAAUCAUGCACGUGAGCUAAUCAAAGAGAUCUCGCUACCAGAAUGGGACGGAAUUGUCAUUGUUUCUGGAGAUGGACUCUUGCACGAGGUGAUAAAUGGCCUGAUGGAACGGCCAGACUGGGAACAAGCAAUAAAAACCCCUGUGGGAAUCCUGCCUUGUGGUUCUGGAAAUGCACUUGCUGGUUCAAUCAACCACUAUGCAGGAUAUGACAUGUGCCUUCGGGAGCCUCUCCUCCUCAACUGCUGUUUUCUGCUGUGCCGGGGUGGGGUUAAACCGAUGGACUUGGUGUCUGUUACAACCAGCCCAUGCGCUUCAUCCACAACCAAUCAGAAUGGGCACCCACCUGCUCCCAGGAGGCUUUUCUCUUUCCUUUCUGUGGCCUGGGGUUUUGUGUCUGAUGUGGACAUAGAGAGUGAGCGCUACAGAGGGCUGGGCUCAGCACGGUUUACACUUGGAACACUAGUGAGAUUGGCUUCUCUGCGCUCUUAUAAGGGCCGUCUUUCCUACCUGCCACCCGGUGUGGUCAACCCGCCCCCCGAUGCCACACCUCAGCCGCCCCGCAGACCACUGUCACGCAGCAUUACCGAAGGUUUGGAGGGAUUUUGUCGCACUCCCAUUCACCGGACCUGCUCCGAUAUGGGCCUGAGUGAACAAAGAAGUCUCCGUAAAGGAGAUGGGGAAAGAGAGAGGGAAAGAGAGAGGGAGAGGCAGGAGAGAGAGCGGGAGAGGGAGAGGAGAAGAGAGAGAGCAAGAGGUGUUGGAGUAGUGAGAGCUAGCAGUCUCGCAGAAGACCGAGAGAAAGAGGUGGAGGCAGAAGAGAAGAUGGAGGAGACGUCAGGGACCAGCUCGGAAUCAACUGAAAGGGAAGAGUGUGACAACAUAGCCAGUAAUAAUGGAAACAGGGAAGAAGAGAAUAAACCAGGUGGGGAUGAGAUGGAUGGAGAAGAAGUGACGAAAGCAAGAGAUUCGAGUGAAAGGGAUGAGGCAAACGAAUGCAACGAGAGUUAUCAAACCACUCCACCUGAGAUGCAAUGCACACUACGUAAAAACUCGGCCCCUUCUAGCCAGAUAAUCAAUGCCUUUUUCAGCCAGCCAAUUGGUGCAGAACCUGACCAAGACUUGGAGCUGGCAGCCUAUGGCAAGGAGGAUGAAGACAUAAAUGGCACCUACUUUCAGAGAGAGGCAUUUCCACUGGACAAGUCUCGAGAGCGAGCCCUUACCAUCUCAUCUUCUCCAUUCCGUCAGUCUCCUUUCAAAGCUUUCAAAGCUAAAACUUUAGACCAGAACCAGAACCCCUCACGGCCACGACCCCUCUCUCUUCUCCACCAAUCACAUUCAAACUCUCUCCCUCCAAAAUUUCCGUCCCUCUCUCUGUCCCUUUCCCCGACCCCUCCUUCGUCUCCAUCUUGUGCCUCUCCCCACUCUUCUUAUCUCGCGCCACGUCCCAACACUCCCAGCUCAUCUUCCCCAUCGCCUUCUUUUCAUUCACCAACCCCUUCCUUCAACUUUGACCUUGCAGAGCCCGCAGGACCCCUGAAGAACCGCCCUCUCAUGACAUCCUCCUUCAACCUGCCAGAGGAUGAUCUGCUACCUCCUUUGGACCAGCCUCUCCCUACACGCGACUGGGUCACUAUUGAGGGCGAUUUUGUCCUGGUGCUUGCCAUCUACCAGAGCCACCUGGGAGCAGAUCUUCUCGCUGCGCCUCAGGCUCGAUUUGAUGAUGGGCUGAUCCAUCUGACAUUUGUGCGGGCUGGUAUCUCCCGAGCUACACUGCUUAGAUUGUUCCUAGCAAUGGAGAGAGGAGCCCAUUUGUCCCUUAGCUCUCCCUACGUUAGUCAUGUUUCUGCUCGGGCGUUCCGCCUUCAGCCACUUUCACCACGAGGAACCCUCACUGUAGAUGGAGAGCUGGUGCCCUAUGGGCCACUCCAAGCACAGGUUCAUCCCUCCAUGGGUCGUUUGAUUGUUGGGACUGUGGAAUAAAGAUUACAAGAUUCUGACCUGUUUGGAUUUGAACGGGCAGGGAUUAGCGUGACCCUUUGGAUUAUAUAACAUUUUGCCAUCCGCAUAUUGGGGGGGGGGGGAGAACCAGAAAGCA